AUGGAGCAGCCCGGGGCGGCGGCGUCGGGAGCGGGAGGCGGCAGCGAAGAACCCGGUGGGGGCCGGAGCAACAAGCGAAGCACAGGGAACCGAGCCGCCAACGAAGAGGAAACGAAAAACAAACCCAAAUUGAACAUUCAAAUAAAAACUUUGGCAGAUGAUGUGCGUGACCGAAUUACAAGUUUUAGAAAAUCUACUGUCAAAAAAGAAAAACCUUUUAUUCAGCAUCCUAUUGAUUCUCAAGUUGCAAUGAGUGAGUUUCCAGCAGCUCAGCCAUUGUAUGAUGAACGAUCGUUGAAUUUGUCAGAAAAGGAAGUACUGGAUCUUUUUGAAAAAAUGAUGGAGGACAUGAACCUUAAUGAAGAACGGAAAGCUCCUUUACGAAACAAAGAUUUUACCACCAAGCGUGAGAUGGUUGUCCAGUAUAUUUCUGCUACUGCCAAAUCUGGAGGGCUGAAAAACAGCAAACAUGAAUGCACCCUGUCUUCACAAGAGUAUGUUCAUGAAUUACGAUCUGGUAUUUCAGAUGAGAAACUUCUUAACUGCCUUGAAUCUCUGAGGGUUUCUUUAACCAGCAAUCCUGUCAGGAAAAAUGGGAUUCAGAGCUAUGGCAGCACCUUUGCAGUGGGUGGAACCAUUGGAAGCAAUGACCGACCAUCUCAGGAUGGUGCAGCUCCCCCAAGGUCCAGGGUCCGAACCCAGAAUAUUAUACUUUGUUGUGUAAACCAGCUGCUCACCUGUGCUCUAGUUGACAAUGGCGUCAAGAUCAGGGAAAUUGAAGUUUCCCAGGUCUCUAUCAUGGGGAUAAUCAGAUCGGCAGAGAGCGCUUCAAACUACAUAAUUUACAGAAUUGACAAUAUGACCACUGCGCCUAUUGAGGUCUAUCAGUGGCUCAGAAGAAAUGAAGGAAAGAAGGGGAUAGCCCUUCCAGUGGGAGUAGAUGUCAAAGUGAUCGGCAUCCUCAAGUAUUUUAAGGAUGUAAAAGGCGUUGAGGUAUUGAACAUCCGCGUCCUGGAGGACAUGAACGAGUUCACCACACAUAUUGUGGAAACGGUGAAUGCACAUAUGAUGCUGGAUAAAGCUUGCCAAACAGCCUCUAGGCCCAGUGCUCCUGUUGUUCCAUCAAAAACGGAUGAUGUCCAGGUGUACGCCAAAUACCACCACAAGGAAGUUCUGCCUCGGGAAGAGAUGGUGAUGGAUAUAUUGACUGGACUUUUUGUAGUAUUUUCCAGCAAGCAAAUUAAAACAGUCCUGGAUGGAUUAAUUGGGGGCAGAAAAGUGUCUGCCGACCCAGUGGUGGUGCAGCGCUCCUUUUAUCUCAGAUGCGUGGCUGGCAUUCACGGCUCCACAAAUUUUAGUGACCCAGUGCGACAAGGACCCAUGCUAUCUCUGGGGGAGGGUCUUGCUGCACUGUGGCUGGUUGCAGUUUUUCCGAGAAAAUUUGGAUUGCAAAGGAUUCUAGGAGAUGAAAGGAGUCUUUUGCUAUUGGCAAGAGCAAUUGAUCCCAAACAACCCAACAUGAUGACUGAAAUAGUAAAAAUACUUUCUGCUAUUUGCAUUGUUGGAGAAGAGAACAUUCUUGAUAAACUUUUAGGGGCAAUAACUACAGCAGCAGAAAGAAAUAAUAGGGAACGAUUUUCACCUAUUGUGGAAGGAUUAGAAAAUCACGAAGCUUUGCAAUUACAGGUGGCCUGCAUGCAGUUUAUAAAUGCCCUUGUCACUUCACCCUAUGAGCUUGAUUUUAGAAUACAUUUAAGGAAUGAAUUCCUGCGUUCAGGACUAAAAACAAUGUUACCAGAUCUAAAAGAAAAAGAGAAUGAUGAGCUUGAUAUUCAGUUGAAAGUAUUUGAUGAGAACAAAGAAGACGACCUGACUGAAUUAUCACACCGUCUCAAUGACAUUCGAGCAGAAAUGGAUGAUAUGAAUGAAGUGUAUCAUCUUCUGUAUAACAUGUUGAAGGAUACUGCUGCUGAAAAUUACUUGUUAUCCAUUCUACAACAUUUUUUGCUCAUCAGAAAUGAUUAUUAUAUCAGGCCACAGUAUUACAAGAUAAUUGAGGAGUGUGUUUCACAGAUAGUGCUGCACUGCAGUGGUAUGGACCCAGAUUUCAAGUAUAGGCAAAGAUUAGACAUUGAUUUCACACAUCUGAUAGAUUCAUGUGUGAACAAGGCAAAAGUUGAAGAAAGUGAACAGAAAGCAGCAGAAUUUUCAAAGAAGUUUGAUGAAGAAUUCACAGCUCGACAGGAAGCUCAAGCUGAACUUCAAAAAAGAGAAGAAAAAAUUAAAGAGCUUGAAACAGAAAUCCAGCAACUUCGAACCCAGGGACAUGGACUCUCAGGUUCAUCAGGAAUUCCAGGCCCUCCUCCAGGGCCAGGUGGUGGGUUAUCCCCACCACCACCACCUCCACCAGCACCAUCUCUGCCUGGAGGAGCUCUCCCUCCUCCUCCACCUCCUUUACCUGGAAUGACUGGUAUACCACCACCACCACCACCACCACCUUUGUUUGGGGCACCUGUUCCACCAUUUCCCCCAGGCAUUCCUCCUCCUCCAGGAGCACCACUGGAUCUGCCUUAUGGGAUGAAGCAGAAAAAAAUAUAUAAACCUGAGGUACCCAUGAAGAGAAUCAAUUGGUCAAAGAUUGAGCCCAAAGAAUUAUCUGAGAACUGUUUUUGGUUAAAAGUUAAGGAGGACAAGUUUGAAAAUCCAGAUCUCUUUGCAAAAUUGGCACUGAACUUUGCUACCCAGAUAAAAGUUCCAAAGAAUGUAGAAGCUUCAGAAGAAAAGAAGACCCUGCCUGCAAAGAAGAAAGUGAAAGAAUUGAGAAUUUUGGAUCCCAAAACGGCCCAGAAUCUGUCUAUCUUCUUAGGAUCAUAUCGUAUGCCAUAUGAAGAUAUAAAAAACAUCAUUCUGGAGGUUAAUGAAGACAUGUUGAGUGAAGCCUUAAUUCAGAACCUUGUAAAACAUCUUCCUGAGCAGAAAGUACUCUGUGAGUUAGCACAGCUGAGGAAUGAGUAUCAUGACCUCAGUGAGCCUGAACAGUUUGGAGUUGUGAUGAGCUCAGUGAAAAUGUUGCAGCCUCGUCUCAAUAGCAUUCUAUUCAAGCUCACGUUUGAAGAACAUGUAAACAACAUCAAACCAAGCAUCAUAGCAGUAACUCUUGCCUGUGAAGAACUGAAGAAAAGUGAAAGCUUUAACAAACUUUUAGAGUUAGUUCUUUUGGUUGGAAACUACAUGAACUCAGGCUCGAGAAAUGCCCAGUCUUUGGGUUUUAAGAUCAACUUCCUUUGUAAGAUCAGAGAUACUAAGUCAGCAGAUCAAAAAACAACCCUCUUGCAUUUUAUUGCUGAAAUUUGUGAGGAAAAAUACCGGGAUAUCCUGAAAUUUCCUGAAGAACUAGAACAUGUUGAAAGUGCAAGCAAAGUUUCAGCUCAAAUUCUCAAGAACAACCUUGCAACAAUGGAACAACACAUUGUUCAUCUGGAACAUGAUAUCAAGAAAUUCCCCGAAACAGAAAAUAGACAUGAUAAGUUUGUGGAGAAGAUGACAAGCUUUACAAAGAGUGCCAGAGACCAGUAUGAAAAACUGUUCACCAUGCACAACAACAUGCUAAAGCUCUAUGAGAAUCUUGGAGAAUACUUUAUUUUUGACUCUAAAACAGUGAGCAUAGAAGAAUUCUUUGGUGAUAUCAGCAACUUCCGAACUUUAUUUCUGGAAGCAGUGAAAGAAAACAACAAGAGAAAAGAAAUGGAAGAGAAGACUAAGAGGGCAAAGCUCGCAAAAGAGAAAGCUGAACAAGAAAAGUUAGAACGCCAGAAGAAAAAGAAACAACUCAUUGAUAUAAACAAAGAGGGUGAUGAGACUGGAGUAAUGGAUAAUCUUCUAGAAGCCCUACAAUCAGGUGCAGCAUUCCGAGACCGCAGAAAGCGAAUUCCAAGGAAUCAAGAUAAUAGCCGAGUACCUUUGGAAAGGUCACGCUCUCGCCACAAUGGAACUAUCUCAUCUAAGUGA